UGUUUUUCUUGAUCAAAGGCUAUCCCGCCGACAGAAUUGAUCCCACUUCUAUAAUUUAAAAUACGUAACAAAAAAGAAAAGAAUAAUUCAAAAAGACUCACCCGAUCACCACCACCAAAACAUCUGUUUGCCGGAAAUAUCUAUAUCUAUAUUCUUCCACAAAAAAACAACACAACACUUGUUGUCUUUUUCAUAUUUCCACCACUUGGAAUCAUUAAAACACACACAUGUAUGCUGCCGACACAAGUUUCUUCGAUCCACUGAGAUUCAGCCCAGAGGUCAAGAAGACAAGAACUACCUUAGUCUUUAUGAUAUGAAUCAUUUGACGGGUGUUUAAGUUUAAACAGUGGCGGAACCAGAACUAUUUAGUCAGGUUAUUAUAAGGUUCUUUCUUUGUAAGUUACAAACGAAGGGUCCAGCUACGCAUUUUUAUAUGAAAAUCUAAUAGAUUCUGUGACCGAGAGUCAACGAACCCUCUUGACCCUCUCUGAAGAAUGGAUGAAGUACCCGGAUCAACAGGGACCAGCGCAGGGUUUGCUUUGAGGCUGGGUCAAACCAUCUUUUCCUCAGCUUCACUUCUGUUCAUGUCAUUUGGUGUUCAGUUUUACAGCUAUACAUCCUUCUGCUUCUUGGUGACAAUUAUGGGGCUGGUAAUCCCAUGGAGUUUUGCAUUAGCACUUCUUGAUGGAUACUCAGUUCUUGUAACCAACCCGAUUCGGCAAAAGGGGAUACUAUUCAUAAUAGUUAUAGGAGAUUGGUUGUUGUCAACGCUCACACUCGGUGCAGCCUCUUCUGCGGCCGCUGUUGUGGAUGUGUUGCUAACGGCUGAUGGGGCGGUUUGCCUUCCGAAGAUCUGCAGCCGGUAUAUGAUUUCGACCAUAUUUGCUUUCUUAUCAUGGUUUUUGUCCAUGGCUUCUUCUUUGUUCAAUCUAUGGAUUCUUCCAUCUUUGUAAUUACAAAUUUAUUAGGAUAUAUAUUUUUUACAGAAGAAAUGAUAGAUACACGACCAUAUAUGAUGAAAGAAUUUGAUCACUUUUAAUGUAAAUUUUGAAAAGGUUAGUUUAAUGCCGAAUGAUAGUAACGCGUUUUAAA